AUGACGUCGAUGAUGUUCCUACCGGACUUUGGAUUGAAUACGAACGAUGUUAGAUACUUUAGCAUAGAUUCCAUUAUUAGAGGAAACGGAUCGAAUCGGCUUAAAUAUCUGGAUUUGGAAGGACGUUGGAAUUUAAGUGGAAAGAGCGUGCCUUAUAUCACAUCAGCUUUCGGGCACCUUGAAAAUCUUAACUAUGCCAGAGUUCCCUUUGAGGACAUAACAGAUGAACCAUUGAAUGCCAUUGGAAUGGUUGGAUGGACACCGGAAUCGGAGCCAGUAGCAGCAUUUAAGAAGAAGCCGACUGCGAAAUUCCAGUUGCCCGUGUCGGUGUUAGUGAAUGAUGACGUACCAGUGAGCCCACGAGAGAGUGUUCCUCAUCGUUCUGCUGGAUAUGGACCAGCACAUCAGAAACGCAAGCUGUUAAUCUCAGAUCGCAGUCGUAGCACGUCGCCAGUGCGCGCAGUGCCAACGGUGCCGACGUACGACAAAUACGCUAUGUAUGAACGUAACAGGAUAGAUUCAAUGACACGCUUCGGAACAAAAUGGGGUGUUACCGAUGAGGAUUCUGGUUCCUCUUCCGCACAGAAAUUUGUCAACGACACUCGUCCUCCACAUCGAACUCCAGCACUAAGUCCACGGAUUUCCACUCCCAUUCCUGGUUACAUAAGCGGAGUUAUCCCGUACAAAUCGGAAUUAAAAGUGGUAACGCGGGAUACAAAGAAGGUUUCGGUUCCGUACAGAAGCGCUGGCUACGGGGCGUAUCAUGAACGACGACAGUACGAACUCUCUCCACGUUCUAUUGGAUCGGCUGCAGAUCAUACAAGCAGGUGUGCUAGUCUUAAUACUAGUCCCUUCUCAGUAGAAGCAUUAAAAGGAGGCUGUCCAGUAGAAGCUCACUAA